AUGUCUGCAACUGCUGGUCAAGUUAUUAGAUGCAAAGCCGCCGUAGCAUGGGAAGCAGGGAAGCCAUUGGUGAUUGAAGAAGUGGAGGUUGAACCACCACAGAAAAUGGAAGUUCGCUUGAAGAUCCUGUUCACCUCCCUUUGCCACACUGAUGUCUGCUUCUGGGAGGCCAAGGGGCAGACAGCGCUUUUCCCUCGCAUUUACGGUCAUGAAGCUGGAGGUAUUGUAGAGAGUGUGGGUGAAGGUGUGACAGAUCUCCAACCCGGAGAUCAUGUUCUUCCCGUGUUCACUGGCGAGUGCAAGGAGUGCCAUCAUUGUAAAUCUUCAGAAAGCAACAUGUGCAGCCUUCUUAGGAUAAAUACCGACCGGGGGGUCAUGAUCAGUGAUGGCAAGACGAGGUUUUCUAAAAAUGGGCAACCAAUAUAUCACUUUCUCGGAACCUCCACGUUUAGCGAGUACACUGUUACUCAUGUCGGCUGCGUUGCCAAGAUUAAUCCAGCGGCACCACUUGACAAAGUUUGUCUUCUUAGUUGCGGGAUAGCCACAGGACUUGGUGCAACUCUAAACGUUGCCAAACCAACGAAGGGUUCGACUGUAGCUAUUUUUGGAUUGGGAGCUGUUGGCCUUGCCGCUGCUGAAGGGGCUCGGAUUUCUGGGGCUUCACGGAUAAUUGGUGUUGAUUUGAAUGCUAAUAGAUUCAAUGAAGCAAAGAAAUUUGGCGUGACUGAGUUUGUGAACCCGAAAGAUUAUGACAAGCCUGUCCAACAGGUCAUAGCUGAGAUGACUGAUGGAGGAGUGGACCGUAGUCUCGAGUGCACGGGAAAUGUUAAUCUUAUGAUCUCUGCAUUUGAAUGCGUUCAUGAUGGUUGGGGAGUAGCUGUUCUAGUUGGUGUCCCAAACAAAGAUGAUGCAUUCAAAACUCAUCCCAUCAAUCUUUUGAAUGAGAGAACUCUCAAGGGAACCUUCUUUGGCAACUAUAAGCCCCGUAGUGACAUCCCGUCUGUUGUUGAAAAGUAUAUGAACAAGGAGCUGGAGCUGGACAAGUUCAUCACUCACCAAGUUUCUUUCUCGGAAAUCAACAAGGCUUUCGACUUGAUGCUGGGAGGCCAGGGUCUGCGUUGCAUUAUCCAUAUGGAGAACUAA